UUUGUAUUGGGGGACAGCGCUGAGAAUGAGGCAGCUAUGAAAUACUUUGGGGUUUCCCCUGAUCUCCUUCCAGCUGUUGUGUUGCACGAAACAGAGACCGACAAGAAAUACAUCCUGCAUCGAGCAGAGCCGAAAGGGAUUGCCCCGUGGCUCGCGAAGUACGAUGUCGGCUCUCUUGACCCGUCCUUCAAGAGUGAGGAACCGCCCAACUCAAAUGACGGCGCAGUCAAAGUCAUCGUCGCGAGUACGUUUGAGGCAUUGGUCACGGGGUCAAAAGCUAACGUGUUGAUCGAAUUUUACGCACCAUGGUGUGGUCAUUGUAAGAAAUUCGCACCUGUGAUGGAGAAAGUGGGUCAUAAGUUUGCCUCCAAUGAUGCCGUUGUGAUUGCAAAGAUGGACGCAACUGCCAACGAUGUUUUGGACAAAAGGUUUAUAGUCAAGGCGUAUCCAACUUUGUAUUUCUAUCAGGCAAAGACGGACAAGGUGAUUCUCUACGACGGCGACAGAAGCGAAAUGCACCUCAUUGGGUUCGUGAUGAAGCAUUCUGGUAAAACAGUUUCACAUAAGGAAGAUCUUUAGAAAGACACGGGACCAGAGCCUUAGUGUUGUUGCCAGUGCAAGUCCGGGAUCCGGAAUU